GGAAGUUUCUUCAAGAGUUCUGGUCUGUACUCACCUCAGAAAGUAUUCCGCUCAAUUCCAUCGGACGGUCGUUACAUCAUCAGCUUUAACCACUACCUUCACUUCUCCGCCCAUCACCUCAGCGUUUAUGAGAGGACUCUAAGGGCAGUACGUGAUGAAGUCGUCAGGUUGUUGGAGCGAAAUCCACAUGGUCAAAUACUUUUAAGG